CCAAAUACUCUUAAGUCUGUUGUUUGGCAGUAUUUUGGGAGUUUCCAGUAGAAAAGAUAAAUGGCAGAGUAACAAGAAACGAGCAAUUGAGUUGUUCAGUUGCUGGAGGAGACAAAGAGUUGCUGGACGUCACAAUCACAGCAAACAAGCUACCAAUAGCAACUGGGAAAAGUACUGCAGAACAUGCACAGUUUAAGCACUAACCUAAAGCCUAAAGAGAUUAAAUGAAAUCAGAAAAAGACGUCGUUUGUUGAGUUUGUGGCAAAAAUCAAUGAAGAGGCAGAACAAAGGCCUUUUUGCAGCAUAAAUUUGAUCUUUGAAGUUUCUCUUAAAGUAAUAUUAAAAUCUGAUCCCGUCUCGUUCUCGUGAACUCAAUGUCGUGUCUCGUCUUGAGGGUUUUAUGUGUCGUUUCAAUCCUCUCCCAGGUUUUGCUUAUAAGCAUCCAGGGAGGGGAAGCAAUCCCAAGAGCAAUAUGAUCUUUUAAGAGUCCUUUGAAUAUAGAUCUAGGCUUAAUUAGUCAUGCAGCAAAAGAAAAAAAAAUGAUGCAAACACCAACUAAAACACAGCCAAGCAAAUAUUCGUCAUAAGGAAAUGGUUAUCCAAGCUAUGUUAGGUUAGGUGACUACUUAAUCUUGUUCAGGUUACGUAAAAGCCGUGUUUUGACAAGCCCAUAAUAGCAAACCACUAGCCAGGGCCCGUCGCAUAUACAAUUAUAUGUCACUUCGAUAAGCCAGCCACAUGGUCAACUAGUUAGCCCAGCAGCUAAUCGUUGUAAGAAAACAUCUAGCUGAAGUCUCGGUGGGCUUCCGCUUCUCACGGCUUCACCUCAUGGCGACAACAAGGCUAAGUUUACCAGCUAACGAGCUAACACAGCUUCAAAAAGCUACCAGGAGAAAGCAGCAUUACCGGGUGUUCGUGCUGCUGUUUAUUUUCGUGAAAAGGCAAAUCAUGCGGUUUGCGAUGAGAUCCCGCCGUGGACCGCACGCACCUAUUGGCCACAAUGCACCGAAGGGUUUGAGGGAAAACAUCGACUCCAAGCUUUCUAAGGUCCAGGAGAUCUGCUUCGAACCUCGGCUCCUAUCAGAGGGGGAUGACCGACUCAGGAGGGGAUCGCAGAUGAGUUGCUACAACUAUAUGUACCGAAUGAAAGCCCUAGAUGCUAUUCGCGACUCAGGGAUUCCUGUUCAGGAGAUAAGUGGCACUCCAAGCGCAUUUACUGGCCGCAGCUUCAGGAACUGGCUGGUGGAGUUACGCAAUUCCCACUCUUUGAUCAAGAGCAGCCGCAGCGCGCUCAUCGAUCGUUUGCUUGAAGGCUAUGACAGCGCUCGCCACGGAACUGGGGUGUUUGGCGAGGCAGAGUUUCUGGAGUACCGACAAGCUCUCGAUGAACUGGUUGACGUAGUGAAGGCCUACUCUAGCAGCACCAGUUUGGACCAGCAGCACCAGUCUGCAGCCAAAGACCUAACGGGCUCCCCAGUUCGCGGCACUCCCUCCACCAUCCAGGUCACCUACCUGCCCUCCACGGGUCAGCGCAGCAAGAGGCCCAAACACUUUCUGGAGCUCAAAAGCUUCAAAGAUAACUACAACACACUGGAGAGCACGCUGUGAAACUAAGACACUCAAAAGGAAAACCUGUGAUUGCGCGUUUCUAGGUUGCAUUUUAAAGUUCUCAACGAAAACUGGGACUAUACCAGGUAUCGCCUUUAUGUGCACACACUUCAGAAAUGUUUGCAAACUUUGGACCUAAUGGGUAUUUAGGCCCAACCGGCUAUAGAUUUCAUUUUAAAUUAUUUGACAUUUCUUUUCAAAAGCCCAAAUGUGAACUUAAAUAUUAGUUUUUUUUAAAAAUGUGUUUGUACAGAUGUGAAAUAUUUAAUUUAUAACUUAUUGAUGCUGCUUGGUUUGUAUUUAUCUGAGAUGUGUUUCUAUGUGAUUUAAAGAUGGAAAGGAAUAAAAGCAACCAUACAGCUAA